AUGUCCAACGUUAGUACGGAGUACAGUCCCGAGGUCCAGAAGGUCUCCGCAGACACUCCAGUGGACGACAUCAUUUACCUUCUCAAGCGUGACGGUGGCGUCUUUGUUAAAAGCCUCAUUCCUGUCGCCGAUGUCGACCGGGCUCAUGAAGAAUGUCGUGAGCGUCUUGAGAAUGAUGUGGAAUGGAACGGCUCGUUCUUCCCAAAGGAAACCCAGCGGGCGCCAGCCUUGUUGGCUCUUAGCCCAACGUAUGCCAAAACGCAAGUCAUGAACCCAGUUUACCAAAAGGUUUGUGAGCACUUUUUGACCACUCGAAACUGGUUCUGGUGGGGAAAUGAGAAAAAGGAAUCGGUAUCGAAGCCAUAUGUUCAUUCAUGUACUGCUAUGAGCAUUGGGCCUGGUGGCAAAGCCCAGCCCUUGCACCGAGACGACUACAUCAGCCAUAACUAUCACCAAGAAGUGAGUGAAUGGGAUGAUGAACGGGAUAAGAACCGAGAGACUGCUAUUGGGCUCUUCGUGGCUGGCUGCAAAGUCACCAAGGAGAAUGGUGGGACACAGUUCAUCCCACGAAGCCACCUGUGGGGCACUGAUAGACAUAUGCCACCCCGAGUAGAGGAGUGUAUAUACGCCGAGAUGGAGAAGGGUGAUGCCUUCAUCAUGUUGGCCUCCGCGUUCCAUGCCGGAGGUCACAACACAACAAAGGAUGAGAGACGACUGGUGUUUGCAACAUUCUCGAUUCGAGGAUAUCUGCGACAGGAGGAGAACCAAUUCUUGUCCGUGCCUCAGGAGACCGCUCAAAAGUUGGACCAACCCAUUCAGGAAUUCAUGGGUUAUUCGAUGAGCGACCCGGCUUGUGGGUACGUUGACCAGAUGGAUCCAAUCUUUGUACUCCGCCCCGAGUUGAAGGGUGACGGGCGUCCAUCGGACUUCUAA